AUGGACGCUAUUAAACAGACUUUUAAGCGCUGCAAGGAGCAGAAUAGGUCUGCACUGGUAACAUAUGUCACCGCUGGUUACCCCAAGCCUGAAGAUACUCCCAACAUUCUCCUGGCUUUGGAGAAGGGCGGCGCUGAUGUCAUCGAAGUCGGCGCGCCUUUCACCGAUCCAAUUGCUGACGGCCCAACUAUUCAGACUGCCAACACAAUUGCUCUCGACAAUGGCGUUACGAUCGAAUCCACCUUGGGCAUGGUGAAGGAGGCACGAUCUCGUGGUCUCAAGGCUCCUGUUAUGCUUAUGGGUUACUAUAACCCCCUUCUCAGCUAUGGCGAGGAACGACUGCUCCAGGAUUGCCACACAUCUGGUGUCAAUGGCUUCAUUGUUGUCGAUCUACCCCCCGAGGAGGCCAUCUCUUUCCGCAAGCUUUGUAACAAGGGACGCCUUUCAUACGUUCCUCUUAUCGCCCCCGCUACCUCAGAUACCCGAAUGAAGAUUCUUUGCCAGCUUGCCGACUCAUUUAUCUAUGUCGUCUCUCGCAUGGGCGUCACCGGCGCUACUGGUACUCUCAACGCAAACCUCCCCGACCUUUUGGAGCGUGUCAAGAAGUACAGCGGGAACAAGCCUGCUGCUGUCGGAUUCGGUGUCAGCACCAGAGAACACUUCCUGAGCGUCGCUACCCUUUCUGAUGGUGUCGUUGUCGGCAGCCAAAUCAUCACUACCAUUAAGAACGCCGAGCCUGGCCAGGCCCUUUCUGAUAUCGAGAAGUACUGUGCUUACCUCUCCGGCCGCGACUCUGAUGAUUCAAACACUCGAGAGGUUGGUCUUGUCGAGGCUGUGGCUGGAGCCAAGGAGCCCAGCGGCGAGAACGUUACUGUCAGCGGUACUGUCACAGACGCGGAUAUUACUGCCGAGGAGGACACAGCUCUGGUGGCCCAGCUUGCUGCUCUUCAUGGCAAGAUCCCUGAGCGUUUUGGCGAGUUCGGCGGUCAGUACGUCCCUGAGAGUCUGAUGGACUGUUUGUCACAACUAGAGGAGGGUUUCAACGCGAUCAAGGAUGACCCUACGUUUUGGGAGGAAUACCGAUCUUACUACGAGUACAUGGGACGACCUGGCCACCUGCAUCUAGCCGAGCGACUGACCGAGCACGCUGGCGGCGCUAAUAUCUGGCUGAAGCGUGAGGAUCUGAAUCACACUGGUAGCCAUAAGAUCAACAAUGCCUUGGGACAACUCCUCCUUGCCCGAAGACUUGGAAAAAAGCGAAUCAUCGCCGAAACGGGUGCUGGGCAGCACGGUGUCGCUACUGCCACUGUCUGUGCCAAGUUCGGCAUGGAGUGCACAGUAUACAUGGGAGCUGAGGAUGUCCGACGACAGGCCCUUAACGUGUUCCGCAUGCGAUUGCUUGGUGCCAAGGUCGUUGCUGUCGAGGCUGGCAGCAAAACCCUCCGAGAUGCUGUCAACGAGGCUCUCCGUGCCUGGGUCGUCGAUCUUGAUACCACUCACUACAUCAUUGGCUCUGCUAUUGGACCGCAUCCUUUCCCCACCAUUGUCCGUACUUUCCAGUCCGUUAUUGGCAGGGAGACGAAGGAACAAAUGCUUGAGAAGAGAGGCAAGCUCCCUGACGCCGUUGUGGCUUGCGUCGGUGGUGGCAGUAACGCUGUCGGCAUGUUCUACCCCUUUGAGAACGAGCCCAGCGUCAAGCUGCUCGGUGUCGAGGCCGGUGGUGACGGUGUAGAUACCGCACGACACAGUGCUACCCUCACUGGUGGCUCCAAGGGUGUUCUCCAUGGCGUAAGGACUUACGUUCUCCAGGAUAAGCAUGGCCAGAUCACCGAAACUCACUCUGUUUCUGCCGGUCUAGAUUAUCCCGGUGUCGGACCCGAGUUGAGCUCCUGGAAAGACAAUGAGCGAGCUAAGUUUGUUGCCGCCACUGACAGCGAGGCCUUCCUUGGUUUCAAGCUCAUGAGUCAGCUUGAGGGUAUUAUUCCUGCCCUUGAGACUGCUCAUGGUAUCUACGGUGCCAUUGAGCUUGCCAAGACAAUGAAGAAGGACGAAGACAUUGUCAUCUGCGUGAGCGGCCGUGGCGAUAAGGAUGUGCAGAGCGUCGCCGAUGAGCUACCUAAGCUCGGCCCGAAGAUUGGAUGGGAUCUCCGUUUCUAG